UAUUCUGUUUCCCGCCUAAGAGAGGAUACCCCUAUUGUUUCUGAAAACGCUGACCAGGACCCACACUUCCAACAAAAAUUCCUCUAUCCCCACAACAGCAGCAAAAGCAGCGGCAGAAGCAACAGCAAUAGAGAAGUGUUUUGAUGAAUUGCAAGAUGGAUAGGGCUUUCAGUGCCCCCAGCCCUGCUGAUACCAAACGCCUUUAAGAUACAGCCUUUCCCAUCCUAAUCUACAAAGGAAACAGGAAAAAGGAACUUAAAACUCCCUGUGCUCAGACAGAAAUGAGACUGUUACAGCCUGCUUCUGUGCUGUUCCUUCUUGCCUCUGACUUGUAAACAGGACCCAGUAGAACAUGCGAAUGGAAAGUCACAAACCUCUUGGUGUCUGAAAGGAUCCUUGGGACCUCAUGCACAUCUGCGGAAACUGGAUGGAGAGAUUUGGGGAAGCAUGGACUCUUUAGCUGGCUUAGUUCUCUAUGGAGUCAGCUUGCUCCUUUCUGGAACAGUGGACAGUGCCAUGGACCUGAUCUUGAUCAAUUCCCUACCUCUUGUGUCUGAUGCGGAAACAUCCCUCACCUGCAUCGCCACUGGAUGGCGCCCCCAUGAGCCCAUCACCAUAGGAAGGGACUUUGAAGCCUUAAUGAACCAGCACCAGGAUCCACUGGAAGUUACUCAAGAUGUGACCAGAGAAUGGGCUAAAAAAGUCGUUUGGAAGAGAGAAAAGGCUAGUGAAAUCAAUGGUGCGUAUUUCUGUGAAGGGCGAGUUCGAGGAGAAGCAAUAAGGAUACGGACCAUGAAGAUGCGCCAGCAAGCUUCCUUCCUACCAGCUACUUUAACCAUGACUGUGGACAGGGGAGAUAACGUGAACAUAUCUUUCAAAAAGGUGUUGAUUAGAGAAGAAGAUGCAGUGAUUUACAAAAAUGGUUCCUUCAUCCACUCAGUGCCCCGGCACGAAGUACCUGAUAUUUUAGAAGUGCAUCUGCCUCAUGCUCAGCCCCAGGAUGCUGGAGUGUACUCAGCCAGGUACAUAGGAGGAAACCUCUUCACCUCGGCCUUCACCAGGCUGAUAGUCCGGAGAUGUGAAGCUCAGAAGUGGGGACCUGAAUGCAACCGCGUCUGCACUGUUUGUAUGAACAAUGGUAUCUGCCAUGAGGAUACAGGAGAAUGCAUUUGCCCACCUGGGUUUAUGGGGAGGACAUGUGAGAAGGCUUGUGAACUGCACACAUUCGGCAGAACUUGUAAAGAAAGGUGUAGUGGACCGGAGGGAUGCAAGUCGUAUGUGUUCUGUCUCCCAGACCCCUAUGGGUGUUCCUGUGCCACAGGGUGGCAGGGUCUGCAGUGCAAUGAAGCAUGCCAGCCUGGUUAUUAUGGGCCAGACUGUAAGCUUACAUGCAGGUGCAGCCACGGGGAGACGUGUGAUCGGUUCCAAGGAUGUCUCUGCUCUCCAGAACGCCAAGGGCUCCAGUGUGAGAAAGAAGGCAUGCCAAGGAUGGUCCCAAAGAUAGAGGAUUUGCCGGAUCACGUAGAAGUAAACAGUGGUAAAUUUAAUCCCAUCUGCAAGGCGUCUGGCUGGCCACUGCCUGCUAAUGAAGAAAUGACUCUUGUGAAGCCGGAUGGAACGGUGCUCCAUCCAAAAGACUUCAACCAUACGGGUCAUCUGUCAGUGGCCACAUUCACCAUCCACCGGGUCCUCCCCCCUGACUCAGGGGUCUGGGUCUGCAGUGUGAACACAGUGGCUGGGAUGGUGGAAAAGCCUUUCAACAUUUCUGUUAAAGGCUACCUGUACCUGGCCAUCGAAUACGCUCCCCACGGAAACCUUCUGGACUUCCUGCGCAAGAGCCGAGUGCUGGAGACCGAUCCUGCCUUUGCCAUUGCCAACAGCACCGCCUCCACGCUGUCCUCCCAGCAGCUUCUCCAUUUUGCAGCAGAUGUGGCCCGUGGCAUGGACUACUUGAGCCAGAAACAGUUUAUCCACAGGGAUCUGGCUGCCAGGAACAUUUUAGUUGGUGAAAACUAUGUAGCCAAAAUAGCAGAUUUUGGAUUGUCCCGAGGUCAAGAAGUAUAUGUGAAGAAGACAAUGGGAAGGCUCCCGGUGCGCUGGAUGGCAAUCGAGUCGCUAAAUUACAGUGUGUAUACAACCAACAGUGAUGUAUGGUCCUAUGGAGUGCUCCUAUGGGAGAUCGUUAGCUUAGGUGGCACUCCUUACUGCGGGAUGACAUGUGCAGAGCUGUACGAGAAGCUGCCCCAGGGCUACAGACUGGAGAAGCCUCUAAACUGUGAUGACGAGGUGUAUGAUCUAAUGAGACAGUGCUGGCGGGAGAAGCCUUAUGAGAGGCCGUCAUUUGCCCAGAUAUUGGUGUCCUUAAACAGGAUGUUAGAAGAACGCAAGACUUACGUGAACACCACGCUUUAUGAGAAGUUUGCCUACGCAGGGAUCGACUGCUCGGCUGAGGAGGCAGCCUAGGACCAAGCCCACCCACCUGUAUGUUCUGUCUCCCCUCCACUGGCAUGACAGACCCUUGAUGCCAAGCAAGCCAGCAAGACUGUGCCAAGAGAGGUGACCUAGAACAUAAACAUGUACAUAUAUUGCUGUGUGUCUGGGACUUUACCACAAAAACCCGUGUGUGUGAAUCUAUAGUACACUUUGACUCUCAUAGGACUGUAUAUACUGUUUCGAGUAAGAAUGUGCUGAAAUCAGAAUGCCUGUUUGUGGUUUCAUAUGCAAUAAUAUAUUUUUCUAAAAAUAUGGACUUUACAGGAAGGUGUGUGAGUACAAUUACUAUAAUGCAUAACUCAUUAUCAUCCUAGGUAUUUUUGAUAUUUACCUUCAUAGUGAAUGCUAUAAAAUCUUUGGCUCUGUAGAAGAAAGAUCUUGUUAGUAAACCAAACACCGGCCCUGAUAGGCUGGGUAAGAAAAGUGGGGGAAAUAGGUUAGUUCUAUCAGGAUAGAGGUUAACAUCUAAAAGAGAUCCUGCUGUCCAUCUCUUAACUUUCUCCCUCGUGUAUAGAAGCCAUCCCACUUUCACUUGGUCAUUUGUCAACUUCAUCAUGUGUUUCCAGACCCCCCCAGUCAAUCCAGAAUGCUAACACCUAAAAGUAAGCUUCAAUCUCAUUCCAUACAAGUCUAAGAAUCUUUAGAGAAGUACAAGUUUGAUAAAUUAAUGAGAUUUGGUUUUAGUUUCUCUGGUAACAUGGAUUUGUGUGUUUUAAGAAACUGAAGUAGGAAGUCUGGAGUUCCACUUGGGAGACAUGUGACAUUUGUAUCAACUGAACAUCCCUACAUGUAUUGCACGUUGUAAAGUUUCAGUGUUGAUCAGUUGUGAGUUUACAGUUUAUACCGUAGGCACAUGUUGCACUGAGGUCAUACAGUAAGUGAAUAAAUGUCUUGCCUACC